CUUUAGGUGUCAAGUCAGGUUUAGUUCAAGCUUCAAAAAUUUAGACAAAGUCCCCAGACUAUUCGCAGUUUUGGUCUCAGUUCUUGUUACACUACCAGUGUCCUUGUCCCUGUUUCAGUGACCCAGAGAAAUGGUCUUGAAUCAAAAUCUGGAGCGUGUUCGUCAGCAGAUCGUACUGGCCAACAUUCACGAGCUUCUCCAGAAAAUCUCUCGCCGUUGCUUUAAUGCAUGCAUUGUCCAGCCGGGGGAGAAGUUGCAUUCGUCGGAACGUGACUGUCUGGUGGCCUGUAUGGAUCAAUUCCUGGCUUCCGUACAGGUGGUCUCACAGCAAUACUUCGAGCGGCGUCUCCGUCAGCGGCAGAAGCAACGCCUGGCCCGUGAGAGGAAAAGGGACUGAAGGAGUGGUUAGAAGAGAUGGUCCUACUUUUGCAUAGAAAGAAUCCUUAAAAUGGGGCAGCAAAAUCAUGCGAUUGUUUUACAAAAUUUUCAAGUGGAUAAAAUCCAAAAACUUUUCGUAAAUUAUUAUCUAUCGAUCUAAUUA